GUGUCCGUGGGCUCUGUGGCUCUGUUGCAACAUCUUGACAAGGAAAUUCCCUUCAAGGCGCUGCAACAUCUUGACAAGGAAUUUCCCUUCAAGGCGUUGCAACAUCUUGACAAGGAAAUUCCCUGCAAGGUGUCCGUGGGCUCUGUAGUUAUGUUGCAACAUCUUGACAAGGAAAUUCCCUUCAAGGUGUCCGUGGGCUCUGUGGCUCUGUCGCAGCAUCUUGACAAGGAAAUUCCCUUCAAG